CACACCCUCCCUCCUGCCCCCUGUCUGACGUCACAGGUUUCUGUGCUAGCAGGGGGACAGCCUUGUAGCUGCAGUUUGUGUCACUGUCCCCUAACCGAGAUCCGCAAUCAAGGGCAUCUGGAGGACUCACUGCAAAAGAGAAAACUACCUUCUGUGAAUAACCGCAAACUUCCCCAAUCCCGGUGACAGGACAGAUUUUUAUUUCUGUCAUUCCAAAAUCUAAAUUAGUUUAUCAAAAUGCCUGUAACAGACCAAGCGUUCGUGACCCUUGCCACAAAUGACUUGUACUGCCAAGGAGCCAUGGUUCUUGGGAAAACACUAAGAAACCAUAAAACAAGCCGAAAACUGGUCAUAAUGAUAACAUCUCAAGUUUCAAGUAGGAUGAGACAAAUCCUUCCAAACAUUUUUGAUGAGGUUGUUGAUGUGGAUGUUUUAGACAGUGCUGAUUUGGUACGUUUGUCUUUAUUGAAGCGACCAGAACUUGGAAUAACUUUCACCAAACUUCAGUGCUGGACUCUCACUCAAUACACAAAGUGCGUGUACAUGGACGCAGAUACAGUUGCCCUAUGUAACAUUGACGAACUCUUUGAUCGUGAGGAACUUUCGGCAGCUCCUGACUCUGGAUGGCCAGAUUGUUUUAACAGUGGUGUAUUUGUCUUCAGACCAUCUCUUGAAACCUUUGAUCAUCUUCUUCAGUAUGCAGAAAACCAUGGCAGCUUUGACGGAGGUGACCAAGGAUUAUUAAAUAGUUUCUUCAGUAACUGGGCUACCUCCGAUAUCAGCAAACACUUACCUUUUGUCUAUAACUUGAGCAUAAGCUCCGUCUAUACCUACAGACCAGCUUUUAAACAAUUUGGCUCCGAGGCAAAGGUGGUUCAUUUUAUUGGUACACCAAAGCCGUGGAACUUAAAAUACAACCCACAGACCAAAUGGAUUGUGGAGGAGGAAUCGUUAAGUGGGCAUCAGCAUCUGCCUUUUCUCGUCCUGUGGUGGGAGAUUUACAUUUCUGACAUUCUGCCGUUAUUAGCAGAGAAAGAAGGGCUUGAAGGUACAAGUAGUGAACACCAACACCACUUCGGAAGGAUUGAGCUCUUAGUGAAGAAUGACAAUCCACCCUCCGUCUCCUCUCAAGAAGUCCCCAUAGAGAGCACUGAGAAGACACUACCAGAUCAUAAUGGUGAUCAGCAUACACUCGAUGACACGGCUCAAGGCCAGGAUUUACAACUCCCCACCCAAAUGAGCCCUGAACAACCUGUAACCCAGGACAGCGUUCCUAUGGCUGAGCUGGCCCAGUCUGCUUCGGAGUUAUCCAUUCAUGAGAUAGAAGAAAAGCUAAGAACAGAAGAGGAACGUAGAAAUUGGGAGCAGGGACAUAUUGACUACAUGGGCAAAUACUCCUUUGAUAACAUCCAAAAGAAAUUAGAUAGAUUUUUACAGUGAUUGUUUUCUUUGUUUUUUCCCCUUAUUUUAGAAAUAUUGUCAAAAUAAACAUUUUUGGCAUUAUUUAUUGUGCAGAAACAUUUUGUUUGUUUUUAUUUGAAAUAGAUUGUGCCCCAUAUUAAGAGGUUGAAUUAUUGUAAACAAGUCUGAGUGUUGCUUCUGCCUUAAACAGAAUCCUAUCUUGCAAUUACUUUACUAUGAUUCCAUUUCAGAAUCUACUUUAAUAGACUCAGAUUUGUAUUAUGUUCAUUUAUUUGCAUUUCUCAUAUUAUAAUUUUACUCAUUUUAUUUUUGGCAUCUUUUUUCAGCCAAACAAAAUCUGUCAUAAAAAUUUUGCAUAAUCAUAUUUUUACUUAAAUAAAAAUAUUAACUAUACAUAUAUAUGGGCUAAUGUAGCGUAAUUUUGUCUUUCUUACAGUUGCCAAUUUGAAUAAAAUGCUUUGUCCAAUGUCUUAUUGA